UACAUGUUUAGUCUUUUCAUAUUUUUUUUAUAAUUUCAAUUAUAAAUCUAUACAAUCAUCCGAAAUAGAAAGUAAAUACAAAUUUUGCAAGUCACAUAAUUUUAUCUUGAUACACGUGAAGGUGAUCCAAGAGAUUACUAGAUUGCGAGUGGCCGUUUAAAUUUUAAUUAGCUGUUUAAUAGGGAAUUUUAGGAAUCUCAGGAACACUAGACGUCGCGUACGAGUCGCGAAUCUACGUGACGCAGUUUCAUGCUUGUCAGAUGAGGUGUCAUCGUAUCUGCACUAUAAAUAAUCAUUUUCCGUUACAUAUGCACGGUGUUUAAUAUCGAAGCGACGUACACGAGACGGGCUAAUAUUGUCUCACGUGGAAAUGUCAUUUCUUAGUCGUACCUGAACACAUUAGCAUCAUGGCGAGCAGUGUCGAGGAAAUAAAGGAACUCCCAUCCGCGAAUAGCAAAGGAUAUAUGGCUCCGAGGACAUCGAUAUCCUACGAGGAGAUAGCUACCAAACUUCUCAACGAGAAACUUCUGUUGACAGCUUUGGAAUUGCACGCUGAAUUAUGUGAAGCUGGCAAAGAACUACCCAUUCUCAGGGAUUUUUUUUCAAAUCCGAACAAUUUCGAGAGCUCCAAUAUCAAACCAGAGCCAUACACUCCGAUGCCCAGAUCUUCUAGUCAAGCCACUUUGGACUCAUUGGAUAUGACUCGGUACUCAGAGGAUGGAGCUGGUGUUGAUGAGAGAGUAGCUAUUCUCGAAUUUGAAUUGCGCAAAGCCAAGGAAAAUAUAUCUGCGUUGCGUGCUAAUUUAACUGUGGUAACAGAGUUGGAAGGUACGCUGAAGGCACCAGAUAAAAAUUCUGAAAAGAAUCCAACUACCGAAUUGCCUAUAAAACCGCACGAACAGCGAGCAUUGAAUUUUCUCAUCAACGAAUACUUGUUGGCAAGAUCGUACAAGCUCACCUCGAUAACCUUCAAUGACGAGUGUGAAGAGCAGGAUUUCGAGGAUUGGCAAGACGUAGGCUUAAAUAUUCCCAAACCUGCACAAUUAUUGCAGAUAUAUCGAGAAUAUAUGAGAGCUAACGGAUAUGAUAAACCUCCGUCUGUAAAUAUCGCCAUGCAAACAGAUUUUAUCGUCGAGGAUGUUGAAGAGCAGAAGAAUGAGUUUCAGGAGAUGGCAGAGCAGGUAGAAAGAUUACAGCAACGAAUUGCUGUACUGGAGCAAGAGAAAACUAUUCUCCAAGAGAUUAUUUCGUCAAACAAGGACAAUAUUAUAGAAAAUCCAGUGAAGUCAGGUAGCUGUGGAACUAUCCGCACUAUCAAUUCCAGUUCUACGACUCCUGAUAAAUUUGAAUUACUUGAACCAUUACCGAGAGACAUGUCGACUACUACUCAGGAACCCGAAGAAGACGAUAGCGUUUCCGCAGUAGUUAGUUUGGAUGAAACAGAUCCGGGGGAUAAAGAGUGGACCAGGUUGCAAUUACCUAGAGUAAAUGUUACAGAGAAAUCCUCUGUUUUACCAACUGCAUCCUCCAGAAAUUUGCCGACGAAGUUCAAAUUGGAAAUAGCGACGCAUUGUAUGGCAGACGUUUCGGGAUCAUUAAUGACUUCGGUAGAGGAAUCAUUGAAGCAAGGAGUCACUCGGGAUACAUUAGUUGAUAUUUUAGCAUACACUUUGCCACGUGUAGUGCCCAAUAUAAUUCUGAAUAAACGUGAAGAAAUCAUUCCUUUGAUCCUUAGCGCGAUCCAUCUCCAUUCCAAUUCUAGCGAAAGAGAGAAGUUGCUGCAGCUGUUGUUUAAUUUGAAGAAAAGACCGCAAGAAGACGAACGGCAAAUGAUACUAGCCGGUUUAGUCGCAAUGGUGAAACUUGCGGAAGAGUCGCUGGAAACAGAAGAAAUUCUAACGAUUUGCUGGGAGCAGAGUCAACACAAGUAUCCAGAGAGAAGAUUAUUAGCUGUCGAAUGUUGCUCUGUACUCGCAUCGUAUACAUCAGCUUCCAUCAGAAAUUCGCUGAUGUUGUCAAUGUUACAGCAAAUGUUAUUGGAAGAUAAAGAUCCUGUUGUACGAACUAGUGUAGUAAGAAGUCUCGCGCUACUCAUAGCUUUGAUGGACGAUCCUGAUAAAUACUUUCAGUGUGAAGAACUGGCAUUAACUGCACUCCAUGACACAUCGUCUAUAGUCGUUGAAACGGCAUCGUCAGUAUUAUUACCGGUCUUGGCACAAUGGGCAUUAUCUUUGAAAAGACUACAUCUGAAUUUAUUGCCGCGUAUAAUUUCAAAAGUAAAGAAUCAGUUGAAACCGACGCAUUCUCAGACUUCGCCAAAUAAAGAUUACGUCGACGAAGAAAAAUUGACUCCAUCGAUUGGUAUUUUGCAAUGCAUCUUGCCAUACACGGUCUUGUGCGUUGCUAAUACCGAUACGGUACGAGCCUGCAUCAAGGAUGAUACAUCGCCGGACUUGUCCAAGGAAUUUCUGGCGUUGUGUCACUCCAAUAUCGUUGAUCCAAGGAUAUUCUAUGAGGGUUCCAUUGACGUUGGCGUUCUUCUUAACACCUUCUUCUCCAAAUCCUGGGAGGAUGCGUCCUGGCCGGAAUUAGAUUGGUUUACGACAAAAUUAGUAUUUGAUGUUUUGGAUAUGGUAAAGUCUGUGGAUGCAACACAAGAAAAUGUUUUAAAAACCCUUCUUAUGUAUAUCCAUUCGUUGUGCGUGGGUUUCGGGAAAUUCAUCACACAAUCUAGGAUACAGGCAGCAUUUUCCCCAGAAGUAUCUGAACUCGAAAAGCAACUGACAGCAUUAUCAACUGACAAGAAGAAUAUGAGUCUUACUUUAAUCCCGAGUUACUUGGUGAUUCUGAGUACUCUCGAUUCUACAGAGCUCGCAAACAAUUUCAAACAAUUCCUCGUGAUUUUAUCUAUGAGUGGCACUAGUAUAUCAUGGUUACAAAUCGCUGCCAGUAUUUUAUGUGUACGUGAACGAAUGCAAGAACAUGUACUUGCUAGUUUAUGGGAUGGUGUAAUGCAUCAGAGAUCUUCUGUAAGAUGUGCAACAGCAACACUUUUCGGUUCAAUUAUCGCAUAUGUCUCAGACCGACUUGCGAACGCCAAAAUAGUACCAGCUAUUGUAACGCUUGCUAGCGAUCCUGAAGUUGGUGUACGUUGUGCUGCAAUUUCUACGCUAGGCCGUAUAAUAACAGAGUGUAAAGUGAGGGAAGCACGCGAUAAAGCACGAUUGACAUUAGAAACGAUCGCAAAGGAUCCUCAAGAACUCUCUCAAAUUUUGGCGAUUUCGUUAGUUUCUACGUUUGCGGUCAUCGCUCCCACUUGUCCACAGAAUUACAUAGAAGACAUAAUAGCGACACACUUAUCAACGAUUGCCUCGUUCGCGCUUCAACAGAGUCGUAAAAUCGAACUAGUAAAUGCACUGGUGGAGGCAUAUUCGGUGCUGGUCUACUGCCCGUUAAGUAGUCAAUGCGUUUCGGGAGUAGUGCUACCAGGAUUGAGGCAUCUCGAGACGUUGGUAAUUCAGUGUUUGCCUCAGCAAAAAGACGCGGUACGUUCCUUACUCAGAGAGGCGGAAUCCAGGCAGGAUUUGUCGAAGCCAAUGGAUAGGACACUCUCGGCGAGUUCUGGACUUUCCUUAUCCAUGGCGACAGUGAACGUCGGCCAGGGUGUUGAGGAUAUGCGCCAGAGGAUGAGUAAGAUCUUUCAACAGAAAACCGGAUCGCCCAGUAUGCCGAGUAUUUUUCGCAAGAAAUGAAUUCUGAAUCUUAUAGCAAAAUCGAGUGUCAUGUUGGCGCAGCACUCAUGAAAGAGCAAUCACAAGGUUGUUAUUAGACAUAAAUGUAUAAUGUUGUUUUAACGAAUGUUAACUUAUUUUUUAUUGCGCUAGCUGUAAGUAACAUGUAAAUUAUUUUGUUUAAAAAUAUCAACAUGAUAUACAAUCCUGAAGUGAGAAAUACGAAUUUUCAUGUUUUACAAAACUCGAAUAUCCAUCUGGCGUCCUUCCGCUCACCUCCCGACGAUCAAUACAGUCAUCUACAUUCCAAAAAAAAAAAA